AUGCGAAUUUAGUGAUGGCCGUCGCGAGCCAAAGAUGCGCGAUACAUUGUGAAUGCUCGUGCUUUAUUUACAAUUAAAAAUAUUGUUAUUUUGAGUUAAUAAUAUUAUCAAGGAAUACAAAAUAAAAGAAUAAUAAAAAAUGAGUGACGAUAGAAGUUCACUGUCAGGUGGAAGUAGCAGCAGUGGUGAAACAAGCAGGCUCCAAUUAAUUCAAGAAAUGCGACAACAAAAUUUCGACAGUAUUAGAUUUGCAUCUUAUCGUACAGCUUGUAAAUUACGUUACAUACAAAAAAAAGUUCACUUGCACAAUGUUGAUAUUUGGAAUGUCAUCGAGGCAUUCAGAGAAAAUGGACUCAACACACUGGAGCCUUCAAGUACACUUGGUGUAUCACGUCUUGAAACACUAUUGUCUUCCUUAUUUCAUGCCUUAAAUAAAAGAGUUCCUCAUUCACAACAAUGCAAAGUUGAUGCAACAACAGCUUUACUAUUAAAUUGGCUUUUGGCUGCUUAUACCAGCGGAGACAAUAAUAAGAUAACUGUAUUUUCGGUUAAAGUUGCACUUGCUACACUUUGUGCUGGUAAAUUAAUGGACAAAUUUCGAUAUAUUUAUUCACAAAUAUCAGAUAGUAAUGGUCAAAUGAUACACUGGAGAUUUUCUGAAUAUUUAAAAGAAGUAUUAUCACUAACAGCUGCUGUUUAUGAAACCCCAUCAUUUCCAUAUUCUGAGGGUCUUGGAUCGACAAUAUUUCCCCCAAAUACUAAAGUAACUGUCAAUGAUUUUCUUGAUACAUUGAUGUCUGAUCCUGGACCCCAUUGUCUUAUUUGGUUGCCAUUGUAUCACAGAAUGGCUUCAGUUGAGUCUGUUACUCAUCCGAUAACAUGUGAUGCUUGUCAUAAAGAUAAUUUUACUGGUUUUCGUUAUCGUUGUCAAAAGUGUCAUUCUUAUCAACUAUGCCAAGAUUGUUUUUGGCGUGGUAAAGUAUCUGGUGGUCAUAAUAAUGAUCAUGAAACUCGUGAAUACAGUAGCUUUAAAUCACCGAGUAAACAAAUUGGACAUUCACUGCGUAAAAGUUUUAGAUGUGUACCAGAAAAAGGGAAAAAUAGUCUUCCUAGAUUUCCAGAUCAACCAGAAAAAACAUUAGAUCUUUCUCAUAUAGUACCACCAUCACCUUUACCAUCACACAACGGUUUUCCUGAUCCAAACUUCAUGGCACCAUUUGAUUCCGGCUCAAUGGAUGGUCGUUCAACUCUCAAAAGUCUCGAUAGCUCCAGACUCGAUGAUGAGCAUAAAUUAAUUGCCAGAUAUGCGCAACGACUUGCACAAGAAGCAAGAACAGUGCCGCGCGCAUCAUCGAGAAUGUCGCAGUCUGACCAGUCGCAAGGACGAGCACCAUCAGAUGCAAAUUUGGCAUCAUUAGAUGGAUCACGAGCACAACGUGAAUUAAUAUCACAACUUGAGGCAAAGAACAAAGAGAUUAUGCGCGAGAUUGCAAGGUUAAGGAGACAACAAGAAAUUGAAGCUGCUGAAAUGGAAGAUCCAGCAUUAAUGUCAGAACUUCGUGCAUUGAGACUUCGUAAGGAUGAGUUGGAGACUCAUCUUGGUGCAUUACAAGAUUCAAGAAGACAACUCAUGGUUCAAUUAGAAGGACUAAUGAAAAUGCUAAAGAAUCAUCAAGCAUCACCACGUUCAACACCCAAUAGUUCACCAAGAAGUACAAAAUCACCACCAUUACCACCAGGUGGAAUACCAAAUAGUAGAUCAGCACCUGGUACACCUGGUGGUCCAUUAUCAGCAUCACAACAACAACAGCAACAGCAACAACAACAACAGCAGCAACAACAGCAACAACAACAGAUACAUCAACAACAACAACAGCAACAACAACAGCAGCAACAACAGCAGCAGCAGCAGCAACAAAAUCAACAUCAAAUAUCACAAAAUUAUCAAAAUCCAGUGAUCAGUGGAAGCAUGACAAACAUGCAGGGAAAUGCAAUGCUUGGAACAAUUCAAAAUCCUAUUCCUGAUACUCUUUCGUGUGUUGGUGGUGACGUCAGGUCUGCGUUCAGGACAAACAGCCAGCCUGGAAGUGGUUCAAGCAGUGCAAAUAACAGUUUGGGAAGAUCCUUGAGAAAUGAUCUUCUAGUUGCUGCUGAUAGUGUCACAAAUGCCAUGUCAACACUUGUUCGUGAAUUAAAUUCAGACUCAGACCAGGAGGAACAAUCCCAUCACUUUGGCAGGCGUAUCAUCCGAAAACCUCUUGAUUUUGAAGCUGGUGAAGAUGGUGAUGACAGCAGUGGUGGUGGUAAUUCAUGGCGUGAAGAAUUGCAACGUAGAUAUCAACAGGACAGUGAUUUUUUGGCUGAAUUAAGAGCAAGAAAUGUCAUUGCAUCACAGACACCAUCAGCAACACCAUUGAGUGAACAAGAACAGGAUCAUGGUGAACGUGAAGAGGCUGAAGGACAAAAAGACAAUGAUGCUGAGGCAAACUGGGCUGAGGCUGUUAAAAGAUGGGUCAAUCGAUAAAUUAAUUAUUAUCAAAUAAUUAAACAACAAUUCAAAGAACCAAUAAUUAUUAAAACAUUGACAACAAUAUUGUCAAUUAUCAUUUAAUUUUUUAAUUUUUUUUUUUUGGCUAUUUAAAAAUAAUUUUAAUACAAGAAGUUGAUUGAUCAAUUGAUGCCACUUCUGAACGUCAAGACUUUGAAAUGAUAAAUAUAUUUAACAAAAUUAUAUAACAAUGCAAAUAAUUAAUAAUAAUUGAGAUAAAUAUUUAUAAUAAUCGGCUGAUUUUAGAGAGGUAAUAUGUCAACAUUUUAAUGUUAUUAAUAUGCAAUUUUUUGACCAAUAUUUAGAACAAAAAUUUUAAUAUUCAACUCUUUUUUAAAAAAAAUUUUGAGAUGAUUUUUUUGUUUUUUAAAUUUUGAAUUUUUAUAAUGUAACAGUCAUUUUUCAUCAUUCGAUAAAAUUGCUCACUUGAAUUAAAUUAAAUUUAAUAAAUUAUGCCAAUGAAUCUAGCUGAUUCAAAAAUAUGAAUAAAUAAUUUCAUUGUUUUUUAAGUCAUAUACAUUCACAUGAUCAUUAAAAUAAAUUAAAUGAUGCCAAGUAAAUAUUUGAGAUGAAAUUUUGUCAAAUUUUUAUUUGAAAAAUAAGUAAAUGUUUUUUAAUGAUGUUUAAUACAAAUUUUUUAUUUAUUGUAUAUGUUUUUUUUUGUAAGCAGUAUAUUCGCCAAUUUAUUUGUUGAAAUUGUCUAUGGCAAUUUUAAAAAUUCAAAGCAAUUACGUAAAAAUAUUUAUUGUAAAUUUUUUGAAAGUUUAAUAAUUUUUUUUUUAUUAAUGUUUGAGCUUAAGGUAAAUGUUUGUAACCAAUUGAAAAAAAAAAAAAAUUAUACCAAUGAAAAGGCUGCAAAGAUUGUUUAAAUAUGAAAAAUAAAAAUUACCUAAAAUUAAGUUUAAAAUGAAAAAUUAAAUAACAAUCGCUUGAAGCAAAAAAAAUAAAUAAAUAAAAUUGUUAUAAUUAAAUUUCCAUAUGAUAGAAAUAAUAUAAAAAUAAAAAAAGAUAAAUUAUUUAAAUCUUACAUUCCAAUAGUCAGCUUUUAGACUAAAUGAAAAAUAAAAAAAAAAUAGAUUAAAAAAUAAAAUUUAUAUCUUCAAUCCAUGCGCUAGUCGUGUCUUUUUUUUGUUUUAUUUUUUUUUGUUAAUAAAUAAGUGUUGUGUAAAAUAAAAAAAAAUAAAAAAAAACAAUUUAAAUUGUGUAGAUCC